AUGUUUUCUACCUAUAAUUAUGUUACAGAUAAUGACCAGAAAAAUGUCAAAAUAUUGAAGAAAGAGUGUGUACACAUUUUGGAAGAAGCAGUGGCAGUUAUUGACGACAGGGUUUGUAAGUUGAAUGAUGGCUCAAUCACCAUUUUGGACUUGGAAUUGUUGGCGUCAAGAGAGCAGACAUUCUCAGAGUUGGCAGAAGUUGUUUGCCCAGAAAUAGAGUUUGCAUCUGUAAGUAAAGGGAUAAAGUUGAGACAGAGAGAAGUAAAAGCUUUCAAGAUUCAAGCUGAAGAAAUGUCAACAUUAGCAAGUCUCUGUCAACAGUUUACAAAUGUGGACAUAAGAUGUGUUGCUGACAUAUUGCAAAAGCAGAAGGAUAUAACUAGACAUUCUGUGUGGGAAUUCUGUGUACCAGCUGAUGAAAAAAGCAUUGAGGAAAUUGAACAACAUGUACCUAAAUUAUGUGCAUUUGAUUUGCCACAGACUGUGUUAGAUAUGGUGCCACUGCUUCAUGUUUACAGCAAAAGUAGAACAUUUAUAAAUUUAUGGCAAGACAAGUGUGUUGAAGUUGUAGAUGGAUGUGUUUCUUUGGAACAUGUUGUACAAAAAGUUUGGACUCCUGUUAAAGAGAGCUUGGAUGAAAUGUCAGUGAGAAUCCAGAGUGGUGAAAUCCAGUUUAGAGAGUUUGAGAAACGACUUGGAAAGAUGUAUGGAGACGAUUAUGGGAAGAUGGAGGCAGAGCUAAACAAUAUGAAUGUCGAAGACAUCAAACUUAGACUGGAUCAGUUGAAGAAAUACAGACAGUUGAGCACAUGUGUGGAAGGAGCCAAAACUAUCCUUGAAUUUGCGCAGGAAUACAAUUUGAAUGGAGACUUUGAUCAGAUGGAAGUGAUUGCCACACAAAGUGAUAAUGACUUAGAAAUGAGGUCAUUUGAUGACAGUGUGAUGAAAGUGUGCAGCUUUUUGUCUGAUAUGACACCAGCUCGAGGGGCAUGCCUGAAAACAUUUGUUACCUGUGAACCACUUGUUAAAUGGCUGAAAACAUCAAUGGAAAAAGAGGGAUUAAAGGAAUUGAAGGUGUUUGUUGACUUGGCCAUUAUGUCAGCUGGUGAAGAGGGAUUGAACAUUGCCAGAGUUCAGUGUCUGCACUCUGCAGUAACAGGAUAUGCCCCACUUAUAUUUGACCUUCAACCCACUUCGGGUUAUGAACAUCUACUAAAACUCUGUUCUUUUGUGUGGAAAGAGCUUGAUGCAAAUCCAAAUUUGCCAGCACAACUGAAAGAUACAAACCAUAAUCUAGAAUGGUUUAAAGAAAUCAAGAAAGCUCAUGGUUCUGUAGAGGUUACCUCCCUUAUGCAGGUUGAAGCUAUCAAUGCAAAAGGAGUAUUUACAGUUGGUAAAAAUGUUUGGAAUAAUGAGUCUUCUCUUGGAACAUUAUUGGUAUGUUGAUAUAGAUAUUUUGAACUUAAAGC